GUAUCUUUGUGCUGAUCUUUGCCCUGAUCUCCACAACACAGAUGGUCAAAGCUGCCGGCAUUCUCCACUUUAAUCUACUGAAUAACAUCCUGAAGGCACCUAUGUCAUUUUUCGACACAACCCCAAUUGGCAGAAUCGUCAACCGCUUCUCCCGUGACAUUGAGACAGUGGACAACAACCUUCCAUCCACAAUCAGAACCCUUUACCAGUGUGUCUUCAGUGUCAUUGGUACAGUUGUUACCAUAGCAUACAGUACUCCAAUAUUUCUGGCCGUUAUUGUUCCCUUGGGAAUUAUGUACUGGUUAAUACAGAGAUACUAUAUCCCAACAUCCCGCCAGCUGAGAAGAAUAGAAUCAACAACAAGAUCACCCAUCUAUGUCCACUUCUCAGAGACAGUUAGUGGUGCUGCAUCCAUCAGAGCUUAUGGAGUCUGUGACAGAUUUGUUGAGGAAUCCAAACAUAGAGUGGACCACAACUUAUCCUUCUAUUUUGCUAGUCUUGUGGCAAACAGAUGGCUAGGCUGGUACCUAGAGUUUAUUGGCAACCUCAUUAUUCUUUCGGCUGCUGUGUUUGCUGUUGUAUCUACAGAUCUUGAAGCUGGUCUUGUGGGACUGUCGGUUUCUUAUGCCACACAGGUCACAGGCUCUCUAAAUUACCUGGUGAGAAUGUUUAGUGAGCUGGAGACCAACAUUGUCUCUGUAGAGAGGAUUCAGGAGUACACGGAGACCCCGACUGAGGGUGUAAGGGUCAACCCAAACUGCCGGCCACAACCAGAGUGGCCUCAUCAGGGGGAGAUCAUCUUCAAAGAAUACAUGACCAAAUACCGACCAGGACUGGAGCUUGUGCUUAAAGGGGUCACGUGUCAUAUAACAGGUCAAGAAAAGGUAGGCAUAGUGGGCAGGACAGGGGCAGGUAAAUCAUCUCUGACAUUAGCUCUGUUUCGUCUGAUUGAAGCAGCUGGAGGAAGCAUCAUCAUUGAUGGGCUGACCAUUGCUGACAUUGGCCUUCAGGACCUCAGGUCAAGGCUGACCAUUCUGCCACAGGAUCCAGUAAUUUUCUCUGGCACACUGAGAAUGAACUUGGAUCCGUUUGGUGAACAUACGGACGCAGCUUUGUGGUUAGCUCUAGAACAUGCACAUUUAAAGUCCUUUGUAGAGGGACUGCCUGCAAAACUUGGCUAUGAAUGUGGAGAAGGAGGCCAGAGCUUGAG